AAAAGGAAAAGGGAAAGGGGAGAUCGGUCAGCGACACCUUAGUAUGCACGAUCUCGAAUUUGACCUGCGACUUCAACUUCAAAUCAACGACUGGACAAGAUGGACGAGAGCGAAGACAAAGCAGGGAACCCGGGGAUCUGACCAAGCCAUUCUUCUGCCAGGCACUUCUCAACGUGUUCUUUUGCGAUGCCUGGGGCCGGUCGAUGGUCGGCCCCGUCACGGCGUAAAAACUGCCGGGCAGAACACUUGCAGGGCUGAACGGUAUCUUGCGGGAGUUUCGGGUUCGGGGCUGUUGGUCGGGGGUAUUGUAAAUCUCCACCAGACGGCGAUGAUGAUGUCUGCCUCCAAGAUCGAGGCGAAGAAAUCCGUUCCACCGAUCGGCCUAGAAUUUGGAGAAUGGAGUGGCCUAGCAAUGGUCUUUACCAUCUCAGGUGAUUCCAGCCCCAUAUGGUCCGCAGGAAAGCGACUCAAGGGAUUUUUGAUGGUUUCAGUGCUUUUCUGUCCACAUGGUUUCAAGGAGCGCUCCAUCGGCGGUUCCAGUGUGAGCCAUUUGCAGUUUGGGAUUGAAAUCGACAAGCAAAUUGGCUACUUGCGCGUAGAUAGACCAGGCUGAUGCGACAGUACAAUCGGUCAACGGUGGUGAGAAUGGCUGGCGCCUACAUUGUCCACUCACAAUGUCCGUUAGGGGGCAUCAAAGAAACAAUCAGAAACCACUUGUAUGAGGUGGGGCCGACUAGUUAUCCACACGAAUCACCAUGAUGAUAACAGGCGCAGUGAUAGGUGAGAUCGAUGCGACCUGGAGGAAGUCGGUC